AAAAAAGCCAUCGUCCUCGUCCACGGGGCAUGGUACAUUUCAGGUCGCCUCGACAAUUUGGCCGAGCCCUUACGCAAGGACUUCCUUGUUGAUGCGCCUGAGCUAGAGACAUCAGGGCCAGCAGAUGUUGUGCGCAAUAAAGGAUUCUUAAACCAACGGUGCCACCGUGCUCAAGAUGAUGCCGGCCAUGAGAUAGUUGUAGUCGCACACAGUGCCGGAGGAAUCACAGCGGCCGAGGCCGUGGCUGGGAAUCCUGUCCAGGAGCGCCGAGACAAGGGCCUAGACGGCGGAGUCAAGGCUGUUAUAUUCAUCGCAUCCCUUAUAGUGUUCCCAGGUGGGAUCUCGCUUGACGACCAGGCCGGCGGUGUACCAAGUAAGUCGUGGUACGAGAAAAUGAUAAGGAACAUUUUCGAUGGCGCCCUGGUGCUCAAUCCUGGCGCAGAUAAGAUCUUUUACAACGACGUCGACGAGGUCAAGGCAACGGAGGCCAUGGAGAAGAUCGAAUGCCAGUCAACCAAGCUAUUCACCCACAAGGUGGAACACGGCUCUUUAAGUAUCCAAGCGUCCAUGACUUAUAUUUUCUGCGGGAAAGACGUUGCGGUCUCGCCUGCGUUAUUGGACAUGUUUGCCGAUGGCCUGGGCGAUAAGUACACCAAGGUAUACCUGGACUGUAGCCACACGCCCUGGAUGCAGGAUGAUGUGCUGCCGCACUUGAUCAACGUCGUCGUCGGGGCAGCCAUGGCGUACGCAUAUAUAAGGGUUAGAGUUGAUAAUAUAGUCAUGGUCGUAGCUGUCUACCGCCUAGAUAAGGAAAGGUACCUAAUCUAA